AUGCCGCCCCCCACCCUCACCGUCACGCCCACCGUCACUCUCACCCUCGAACCCCUCACCAGGGAAGCGUUCGCGCCAUUCGGCACGGCCAUCGUCUCGCCUCUGGCCCGCGACAUCACCACGCCCCCAUCCCCCUCGACCCUGCAAACCCUCACUCCGACCCCCGUCCUGGCCAACCAGUCCUCCGCCCUGAAAUACAGCCCCAUCUCGCCCCUCACCGACGCCUACGCAGCCUGCCCCAGCGCCCAGCCCUCCUCCGCCCGCAUGACCAUGUUCUCCUGCUUCCCCCGCACCCUCCGCACUCUCCCCGACUCGCGCAGCCCCGCCCCCGUUUCCGUCUCCGUCUUCGACGUGCGCAUCCUCGAGCGCCACCCCUUCACCACCCAGACCUUCACCCCCAUUGAUCUGUCCAGCCAGGGCCCCGACGAACCGUAUUAUCUCGUCAUUGUCGCCCCGUCGCGCAAGGGCGUCACCGGCGCGGCGACCACAGACGCAGGCGACGCGGUGGACGUGCUCGAUCCGCCCGAUUUGCACCGCUUGCGGGCGUUUGUGGCGCGUGGCGGGCAGGCCGUUACGUAUGGACCCGGCACGUGGCAUGCGCCCAUGGUGGUGUUGGGACCGCGUCGCGUGGAUUUCGUCGUCGUGCAGUUUGCCAACGGGGUCGAUGCGGAGGAUUGUCAGGAGGUGCGGUUCGGGGAGGGCAUCGUGGUGAAGGUUGAGGAGCAGGGGAGGGCGAAGCUUUAA